CUUGCCAUAUUUCAUGGGAGUUUUGCUGUGAAAAUAGAUAUGACAAAUAUAUCUUUGGAAUUUUUAUAUUGUGAAUGAAAUAUCUGGAAUAACAUUUUUUAAGACAUCUAAAAAUGGAGGAGAGUUGGGGGAUUUCCUCGAGAACAUAUGAAAUAUAUUGCCCUACGUAAGCUUAACUACAUCCAUGACCAUCUUAGGAUGGUGAAAGACAGAGGCUCUAGAAGAAACCAGACAGCACUAAAUAUCAUCACAGAAUUAGGAGCUGAAAGUACUGCACAUGGACUUUCUAAGAUAGCCACUUCUAUUAAAACAAAACGGAAAGUAAUGUGGGCCCUGCUGGUUAUUGUUGGAUUUACAGCCGCUACUCUUCAACUGUCACUACUAGUCAAAAAAUAUUUACAGUUUUCUGUGGUUGAAGUGUCUGAAAUGAAAACUGGAAUGCCAGUUGAAUUCCCAGCUGUGACUAUCUGCAAUAUUCAGGCAAUAUCACUGACAAAAAUCAAACAUCAAAUGGAGAGAAGACAUUCAAAAGUUGUGGACUGGUUCAAAUUUCAACAGUGUUCUCGGUUUGGUGAACAACAAAUUAGAAUGGAGUCAACACAGGCAUUUUUUGAAAAUCUGAAUAAUGAAGCUAUGGCAUCAGGUCAUGAUAUAAAUGACAUUCUCUUGCAUUGUCGCUUUAAUCAACAUAAAUGCAAUGCAAGUAAAUUCACACAUUUUUUUGAUGGACAGAAUUACUUUAACUGCUAUACUUUCAACAGUAAACGACUCGCUGAAAAGAUUUUAAUUCAAGCCACAGGACCAGAGUAUGGUUUAUCUGUGGUCAUUGCUCUUGACAAUGAUGACCCACCAUUGGGAGCAUAUGGACUGUAUAAUAUAAACAAUAACAUUGCUCACAGCGCAGGAUUACGUGUCCAAGUGCAUGCUCCAAAUACAAUGCCUAGUCCUGUGGAUCAUGGUUUUGACAUUCCACCCGGAUUUUCUUCUUCUGUAGGAUUAAAAGCUGUGAUAAACACUCGAUUACCAUAUCCAUAUGGAAACUGUACAAACGACCUUUUAUAUAAAGACAGUCACUAUAGCAACACAAUCUUUGCUUGUUUACAGUUAUGUAAGCAGGAAAAAGUUAUUGAAAAAUGUAAGUGCAAGUCGUCUGGCUUACCGGAUCUGCAAAAUCGUAAUUUAUCUUAUUGUGGAGCAAUGAAAAACUGGCGAGAAAUUUUUGAGAAAAUGGACUGUGAAGAUAUAGGAGGCCAUGAUGGCAAUACCAAUCAGAGAAAAAAUUACUUUUUGCUACCAGAUUUGAAAUGUGAACAAGAUAUGCUUAGACAACUGGCAAAUGAUCGGAGUUAUGAAGCAGACUGUGGUUGCUACCAACCAUGUCAGGAAACAACCUAUCAGAAAGCCCUUUCAAUAUCAUAUUGGCCUUUAGAAUUUUUUCAGCAAAAUGCACUAGAAAAAUUUUACAAUAAAACUCAGUUAGAUAACACAUUUUUGAAAGAAGCGUACAAUUAUCUUCAUGAACAUGUCACGCAAUAUGAAAAACUGUACAAUGAUCCAGAAGCACAUGCUGAAAAAUUAUACCACACAAACAUCAACCUAACAGAACGUCAAAGACUAAUACGAGCAUCAACUCUUAUACAUCAAAACUUAAUACGUCUCAAUAUCUACUUGGAAGAUUUAAAUGUAGUAGAAUUUAAACAAAGUGCAGCAUAUGAAAUAGAGGAUUUAUUUGCCGAUAUAGGUGGAACAUUGGGUUUAUGGAUGGGCAUUUCAGUGUUGACAAUCAUGGAACUAAUUGAAUUAGUGAUACAACUAAUAAUACUGCUUUUCAAUUCAGAAAAGAAAAUUCCACAACCUAAUGACCCUGUUCCAAAUGGUCCGUUCAAUGGACUGAUGGACCAAAAUGAUCAUUAUGAUCCCUAUAACAAAAGGUCAGAUUUUGAAAGUUUUGACAAAGCUGAGUAUUUCAAACCAAUGUCAGAAUUACCAGAAGAUUCACCUGUAUGACAUCAUCUCAGCUGACCAACAGCUUAAACUGAACUGAACUUAACUGGUUACCUAAACUUAACUGGUUACAAGUUCAAACAAUGCUGAUUUUCAGUGUGAAUCAGAAAAAAAGUAAACCAAUUUGCUAUUUCUAAGUUUCUGACAAUGAAAUCAGUACUGCAUUAAUUUCAGAAACAAAGCAUUUUAUUGCAAGUUAAGCAUCAAGAUUGUCAAGAGUUUGAACAUCAGAAAUUAACAUCUUAGAGAUGAAAGGGAUUGACUUAACAUAUGUAUAAGUGAAUAUUACCUUACAAAAGAAUCUUUCUUUUGAAAGUCAGAAAA